UACCGAACAACCAGCCUCAAUAUAGCGAGCAAAGGCUUCAUAGCCGCGCGCCAAGGGCAGCUCUGAUGUCCAGUCCUCACAUGUCCUCCUAUUUGUCAUUGCGGCGCGUCAAGCAGGAAGCAAAUGCCGAAGAAUAGCACAAGAAUAACAAAAGCGGACUGGGCCGUCCAAAUGGACAAGGUUGGACAGACGCCACUGGCAAAACGGGCGUUGGUUCCGGCGAGUGUGGUGUGAGGGCUCUUCCGUCGCAAGAUGAUCCCUCUUUUGGCCACCGACUCUUCUUCAAGACGGCCACGAUUUGCCCUAGCGUAAAUCACAAGCCUACACACCCACCUUUUCAUGCCGUCUUUUUGUCGUGGCAGAUGGAGGGGGAUGGGGGACGAGUUCAGGGGCAUUUACCGCCGGGAGGGUGGGUUACUGAGCCAUAGGGCGGGCUCAAGCGCGCGCCCUCUCCAGCUGGAGGGUGUGUGUGGGUACUUGUGCAUACAGGGAGUUAUUUGGAAGGCAUGGCUGGUUGGUCGUCGAAAAAAGGGGGAGGUGAGUUCUGAUAGGCGGUGAGCAUGUGUGUCAGGGUCAAGUUUGCAGGACUGGCAAGGCUUGCUUUUGGUUCUAUUGGGUGACCACGCCUAAGGGUGUAGCAGGAGUCAGCCGCCAGAGUGUCAUUCUGAGAUUCCUCAGUGUUCCAGACCCCAAGAGCAUCAAAAGGACCGAAGGAAGAUGGCUAAUCUAAACAGGGUGCGUGGAGUCCAGGAGACCAGUGACGUGAUGCCAACGGUCUUUGUUUUUUUCUCUUUUACAAAUACGGACGCGUGGCGAUAUGGAGCGAACAGCUGGCUGGCUAAGACUGGCGGUGGUUCUAGGCUGGCUGCAUUGCAGACUUUGAAAGGAAUUUCAAGAUGUGAUGAUGCACGCAGAGGCCUUGUGAAGCGGAGCUAGCAGAGGCUCCCUCCCAAGGGAGGUGUAGAUAGGCGAAAGUAUACGCUUGGCAUACAAUUAUACUAGGCACAAACACAGGUAGCUGGUUUGUCAGGGGUUUCUGUACCGCUGACCGCAGUGGGAUAGGGCACUUCGGUGGGAUGAUACCCAAGAUGGGGGUGGUAUCUUAUCAUUCCCCAAACCAGCUAGUUACAAGUACCUCAAGCAAAAGUACCUAGGUGCACAAGUACUUCAAGCAAGUUAUUGACGAGGGGAAGGCCGGCGGCGGUUAAUUAUUUUGAGCAAUCUUAUAGACAUUUUGGUGUUACUUUUGUUCUCGUUAGAUCUUGUGCGGCGGUUGCUGCAUACUGACUGUUUACCAAAUUUCGACGUUGGAAAAGGAAGAGACAUCGGCAUAGCCGCAAAUUCUGAUCUUACUGCAGGGUACUUCCAAAUUCGGCAUAUUUGUUCUUUGGCAUACUAGAUGGGCACCCAAAAUCUCUUUUUAAUCCACGAAAAAGCACCGCGAGGUUAGUGAAUCGCACAACUCAGGGGCAAAACUUCCAGUGCGUUUUAAAAUGAUAAUGCCCGCUUGUAACGGGGAAAAGAAAGGGAAGUACCUAGGGCAGGUGCCUACCAAUUAUACCUGUUUAUCGCUCAGAUCAUGCCUUCCUUGUGAGUAGAACAGCAAGCAUGUCACUUGCAAAAUACAGAAAGGGAAGCAAACUGCCUUCUUUUCUCUUUGUACUAUCCCAGGCAGGAAGCGCUCUACCUCCCUAUACCUAAGACAAUAUACCCAUCCAGGGACGCAUCGAAUAUUCAACUCAUUCAAGACAAGAUGCCAUGCGUAUUCAUUCUACUCGCUUGUUGAUAGCGAGCAAACCUUGCACAAAGGCAAACCAGCAGUCUAGCCACCUCACGCGGAAACUUGACACCACCAACGCAAGCUCGCCGUUAUCCUCAGACUCCUGACUGCCUCCAUUGAAGCUCGCUCAACAUCAGAACAUCAGUCUGCCUGUCCAUUUGCAAUACGGAAGAAGGGUCUCACCGGAGGACGAAAACCGACCCACAGCAAGCCCUUCCAGUACACCCGACUCCUCCCAACCCCACGCAGAUCAUGUCGUAGAGCGACGGGCCCUACGCGGCCACCAUGAUCCUCCUGGUGGUGUCGCUGCUGGUAACCAUCGUCGCAGCCAUUGCCGCCACCGUCAAUGCGCUGUACAAUCCCAAGACCAAAACCUGGCGGCGACGCCGACACAAAGACCCCUCCCAAAAGCAGCAGGCCCUGACGUGGCAGCCCUGGUCACGCCCGCCGCGGCCAGCCCGGGAUCUCGAGGCAGGACGAGGGGCGGGGGCCCGUCCUGCUACCGACAAUCGUUCGCCUCCGCCCUACGAUGUUCAACAACAACCACGCAAGUGGCAGCAUAUUCGGCGGUGGCAGCUUGGGGUCGCGAGCGAUACUGGAAUCAGGGCGGUCGACGGUGCGCACCGAGAUGGGGUCCAGCUCUCACCCAUGCCGCCCGCCCGGCUGGCGGGGUCGCGGGGGUGGAACUCAGUCUGACCGUUUUCCGUUUGGAUGUGAAGCUGAUGGGUUGAAUGAGUAGCUCGCUCAGGAGCGUGGAAGGGCUUGUUCCAAGACAAAAAGAAGCGCUGGAGAAUAGGUUGCGACCUCGAUGAUGUCUUUGGUCCACGAGGCUAGGCUGUGGCAUACAUUUUAUUGAUUAUCCAUUAUGCGGGAUACAGUCCGCUGUUGAAUUCCUUGAUAGCAUUGUUACGUCCCUAGGUAGUGUUCGUUAUCCAAGAUAAAUUCUUUCGUCAAGAACGAGGACAAAAAUCAGUUUUGGG